CCUAUGAAUUUCUUCUUCAUGGGUAACAACAGCGUGGGCUGGUCAGGGCAUGCGUUCGGUCUGCUCGGGUUUCAGAAGGCAGUGUACCAGGCAUUUCAGUAAACAAAGAAACAGCAGCACAUUUUGGAGUGUUACAUCAGGGCUGUUCUGUGGAAUCCUCUGACCUCAAGGGGGUACACUGAGUUUGGGUUUAAGAAGGAAAAAUUAUAGCUAGACAGACAAAUAUUUGGGCGUGAAUCAGAAUGCCUGGGGCUUCUUGUAUAUACAGUUCUUGGGGAGUAAAAUUCAAAAAAAACUGGACUUCCUGCAGUCAUGCAUGCCACACUAAAUUGUAUAAUACAGGGAAGCAUGGCUGGUAAGUAUCAUACGAGGCUAUGCUUAUCCAGAUCACUGUGAAUACUUCAUUUAUUGCUUCUGCUGAAUUCUUUUCCUCUUCAGGCUCAAAUCUGUACUCUAUUUUGCCUAGUGAGUAUUCUUUUCUUGUUGGCCUUAUCCUGUGUUGUUGAGGGAAACUACAUGACGGCCUUGAGGAGAAGGUCCUCACAAGGAACUGGAGAAGGACGAGGGCCGCCAGGCAUGUCUCGCUGCUUUGCCCUGGGAAACAUUUCCUGCACCUUCUAGCUGGUCAUCACACAAGUUUAGAGCACUGACAGACCUUGCACCUAAUGAACUCUUGUCCAUCUGGUUCCAACUGGAUAUCUGAAAACCACGAGGACCAAAAUGCAACGCUCUUAUCCUAGGUGUCAAAGCCAGGACUUAAGACCCCAUGGACACUCCAUACCCUUUAGCUAUUUUCAGACAGCUGCCCACCGCCCCUCCCCAUCUCCUUCUACAAGAUGGACACAUCUGCGACCCCAUCCUGAGGGAGCUGGGAGGGAAGAAAGGAGGGAAGACGGAGGCUCCCCAGCACAGACAAUCAGAGACUUGGCCUUGACUUGAGUUGUUAAGAUAGGACUGCCUCCCUUCUCCAGCUGGCAGGAACAAUGACCCCUGGGGAGCUCAAGCCCCCGGGGGAGGAGGAACUUAUGGCUUUUACGACUGCAAGAGAAUAGUGCUGAGAAUAACAAACUUGCCUUGAGGAAAGCAGAUUGUCUUUUGAUCUUGAGAAAAUAGAGUCUAUGUGUCUCAUGAACUUUGUAAACUUGCUGUUAUCAACUUUGUACAUGCUCAAGCUCCAUCUGUGUAACCUUGGUUUUUGUAAGCUAUUUCCUUGCUCUCAUGUAUAAAAUGACUCGCUGUAGAAGUAAAGUUUUGUCAGUCUUCCAUAGAGGCUGUCCCUGUCCUUUUCUCAGAGUCUACUCCGCCGAGCCUUUCACAAGUGGCGCCCAACGUGGGGCUCGAAGUCACGACGAGUUGAACACGGAGAAAGAUUCCUGCAGAAGGAGAUGGAGAAGAUAUCUGGGCCCCGCAGUGGUAUGUUCGUCCUUGACAACAAGGAUCCCUCAAGAGCAAAGAAAUGGGUGACCCUCAUCACCAAGAGAAUGGCCACAAUGUCACUGGAGGAGGAGAAACAACGGAAGCGAAAGAGAACUGCCCCAGCUCAACCGCACCCCACUGGGGCACAGAUCGAGAACCUGACAAGGAAAGCUGAAGAUGCACUGAAAGCAGCUGGAACCCCUUUAACUCCUGAUAAACUUCUCUUGGGUAUGCUAGCUGUAUUGUCCUGUACAUCGGCGGUGAGUGCUAAUUAUACAUACUGGACUUACAUUCCUGCUCCCCCUCUGUUGCAAUUUGUUGAUUGGAGUGAACCUAGCCCUCUGGUCUUCACUAAUGAUAGCCAACACUUCCCUCCUCCAUGGUCUAGAGCUGGACCUACUCACCCUGAUGAAGAGGGGAAAGCAAUCAACAUAUCCAUAGGGUAUAAGGUUUUACCUAUUUGCUUCGGUGCAAGUCCUCCUUGCAUGUCUAUAUUCCCUCAAUGGUGGGGUUAUUCCUAUAAUAAUGGCACAGGUUUUAGGUUGGGUUUUUUUGCUGCCGCUUCAUUUCUGUUAAAUCAAUCUGAAAGGUACUAUCAUGGGCAAAUUUCUAACAGUACAGAUGCUUUAUUUUUGCCUGAUGAACCUCCCUGUGAAGCAGUAUCCUGGCGAAGGAAACAUCAGGGUCCUUCAUUAUUAUGGUCUGAGUGCCGGGGAAUUUUUGGAAAAAUAUCUCGUUAUUUGAAUUUUACCUUUGUUGAUUGGGGACCACAUGGAAUGUUUGUUAAUUGCUCUGAAUGGGAAGAGAAAACCUGCAAUGGGACAAAAAAUAUUAGAUUUAAUCAUUCUUUGAGCGGAUUAUGGCAUCAACAGAAUGAUAUCCUCAACUGGUAUAAUGGUGGCCUAUCUCCACCCAGGCCCCGUAUGAUCCAUCCUCAACUUGGGCCUGAACAUUGGCACAUCUGGAAAAUACCCGCCUCUUUACACCAAUUUGCUACCCUUGUAGGACAUGCUCGUACUUCAGGCCCCCAAAACUAUACUAUCACUUAUAGUGGCACUGGGUUUAUUCAAGCAUGUGUACGCCCUCCUUUUCUGUUUGCUAUAGGAGAAUUCAUUAUUACAAACUCUACACAACUAAUACAUUGCACAAACUGUAAACUCUACACUUGCUUAAACCAUAGUUUGCCAUUCAAUCAUAGUAGGGAGGGAAUUUUCCUUAUGAAACAGAGAGCGGAAUUAUGGAUACCUGUUUCUCUUGAUGAACCAUGGUCUGACUCUAGGUUUCUAUCAUUUUUAUUAAAAAGAGUUGUUAAAAGAACUAAACGCUUUAUUGGUUGGGUUAUAUUGGGCGUUGUUAGCCUCAUAACAGUCGUGUCUCUUGGCACUACGUCAGGCAUGGCCUUACAUAAUUCCAUUCAAAAUCAUGAGUUCAUCACUUCAUGGCACCAAGAUUCCCAUGAGCUCUGGACACGACAAGCAAAAGUUGAUCAGCAGAUCCAGGCCUGGUUAGAUGAAAUACAGGAUGCUUUGAUAUAUAUAGGAGACCAAAUAAAUCAAUUAAAAUUACAACUUAAACUGAAAUGUCAUUGGAAAUCUACAGACUUUUGUAUUACUAAUUUACCCUACAAUGCCUCUGAGUACCCUUGGGACUCGGUUAAAGCUCAUUUGCAGUUAGAGAAAACUAACAUGAGUCUUGAUAUUGAAAAAUUGAAGAAACAAAUACGUGACAGUUAUUCUCACUCACCCCCAGAAUUAUAUAGUUCGCAGUUUUAUGAUGCAUUAACCUCCGCCUUGUCAUCACUAGACCCUCGAUCUUGGUUUCCAUCUGCUCAUGCUGUCUCAUAUGUUCUAAUAAUUCUCAUUAUAUGCAUUGCUAUUAUAGUCCUCCAACACCUCUAGAUCAGAUCCUCCCAAACCCAAGCUACAGAAAUAAAAAUGAUGGCUGCAGUCCUAACACUAAAAAAGAAAAGGAGGAAAUGUUGAGGGAAACUACGUGACGGCCUUGAGGAGAAGGUCCUCACAAGGAACUGGAGAAGGACGAGGGCCGCCAGGCAUGUCUCGAUGCUUUGCCCUGGGAAACAUUUCCUGCACCUUCUAGCUGGUCAUCACAGAAGUUUAGAGCACUGACAGACCUUGCACCUAAUGAACUCUUGUCCAUCUGGUUCCAACUGGAUAUCUGAAAGCCACGAGGACCAAAAUGCAACGCUCUUAUCCUAGGUGUCAAAGCCAGGACUUAAGACCCCAUGGACACUCCAUACCCUUUAGCUAUUUUCAGACAGCUGCCCACCGCCCCUCCCCAUCUCCUUCUACAAGAUGGACACAUCUGCGACCCCAUCCUGAGGGAGCUGGGAGGGAAGAAAGGAGGGAAGACGGAGGCUCCCCAGCAUAGACAAUCAGAGACUUGGCCUUGACUUGAGUUGUUAAGAUAGGACUGCCUCCCUUCUCCAGCUGGCAGGAACAAUGACCCCCGGGGAGCUCAAGCCCCCGGGGGAGGAGGAACUUAUGGCUUUUACGACUGCAUGAGAAUAGUGCUGAGAAUAACAAGCUUGCCUUGAGGAAAGCAGAUUGUCUUUUGAUCUUGAGAAAAUAGAGUCUAUGUGUCUCAUGAACUUUGUAAACUUGCUGUUAUCAACUUUGUACAUGCUCAAGCUCCAUCUGUGUAACCUUGGUUUUUGUAAGCUAUUUCCUUGCUCUCAUGUAUAAAAUGACUUGCUGUAGAAGUAAAAGUUUUUUCAGUCUUCCAUAGAGGCUGUCCCUGUCCUUUUCUCAGAGUCUACUCCGCCGAGCCUUUCACAUGUGUCUUCAAUGACUUACAGGAUAUCUUAUGCAUGUAUUAUCUCACACUUAAUUUGCCUAAAACCCACCUUAACAAACCAUGCUUGUAGCUGAAAUUCAGCUUCUGUACCCUAGUACCAAACUGAAUCUCAGAGACGGAACUUUGGGUGAAAUAGAAAACAACAGAUUUAUUGCUUUGCCAGGCAAGGGGAACCACAGCAGACUAAUGCCCUCAAAACUAUGUGGUGGCUCCAGAGGAGGUAACGAGUUUUAUAGUAACAGUUCAAAGAGACGGGUGUGAUCAGCUCAUAGCCAUUCUUCUGAUUGGUUGGUGAUGAGGUAAUUGGGAGUCAGCAUUGUCCAUCUCUGGUCCAGCCAAUCUGGGGUCUACAUGCUUGUGGGAAGCACAUAGUUAACUUUUUCUGGUAGGGGUUUCAGUAUCUGCAAAAUAGCUCAAAGAUAUUGCUGGGUAUAUUCAUUGAGCGGGGGAAACUUUGACCCUGCCCCAAGGCUGUACCGCUGUUUCUAGAUUGCUCUUCUUCUGUUUCUGCAUUUCCUCCCUUCCUUGAUUAGCAACUCUUUGAACCUGCCCUUGGGAACUCAGGGAAGGUCGUGGAAGCUGUAUGAAGACUAUUUCCUACAAACAAGAAAUAGGCACAGAAAGACUUUUGUGCCCUGAAGACCCACAGGUUCCUGCUUGGUUUCAUGCUUACAGAUCAAUAAGAAAAAAAUAUCCAGAAGAAAAAUGAACAAAGGACAUAGACAUACAGAAAAUGCAUGAAAGAAAAAAC